AGAGUGAGUGCUGGGAAUCCGCCAUCAUUCUCCGCCUUCAACAAACGGGGAAAACCGAAACUCCGCCGAAACACUGCUCCAACUUAACCAGUUUUCGCUCAAACGGGCGCUUUUAGUCAAGUUUUAGUGGAUUGUGUGCUUUGGCUUUUGUUUUGCGGCUGGGAGGGAUUAUAACACGCGGAAAGUAAACUUUACCACAGUAUUUGUAAAAGUCUCAUCCCUCCAUUUUGAAUCUGACAGGAAUUUCAGCAAUUUGGAACAUGACGAGCAUUAACACUGCUAACAUCAACUUCAAAUGGGAUCCCAAGAGUUUGGAGAUUCGUACGCUUGCUGUGGAAAGACUGCUGGAGCCAUUGGUAACCCAGGUCACCACACUUGUGAACUCCAGCAACAAAGGUCCAUCUAACAAGAAGAAGGGACGCUCUAAGAAGGCUCAUGUAUUGGCAGCCUCAGUGGAGGAAGCCACCCAGAACUUCUUGGAGAAAGGGGAGAGGAUUGCUAAAGAGAGCCAGUUCUUGAAGGAAGAGCUGAUCGCAGCGGUGGAGGAUGUUCGCAAGCAAGGAGAAUCCAUGAAGAUGGCCUCGGGAGAGUUUGCAGAGGAUCCUUGUUCUUCAGUGAAAAGAGGCAACAUGGUCCGUGCUGCACGUGCCCUUCUUUCUGCAGUCACUCAUCUGCUUGUUCUGGCAGACAUGGCUGAUGUUUACCAGCUUCUGCUUCAACUCAAACUGGUGGAGGAGAACCUGGUGAAGGUGCGUAAUGCUGGCACUGAGCAAGACCUGGGCAUCCAAUACAAGGCUCUGAAACCAGAGGUGGACAAACUGAACAUGAUGGCGGCCAAGAGGCAGCAGGAACUCAAGGACGUCCAACACAAAGACCAAAUGGCAGCAGCUCGCGGUGUCCUUCAGAGGAACGUUCCCAUGCUGUACACGGCUUCGCGUGCCUGCCUACAGCACCCAGACGUGGCUGCGUACAAGGCCAACCGGGAUCUGAUCUACAAGCAGCUGCAGCACGCCGUCUCUGGCAUAUCUAAUGCCGCUCAGGCUACCAGCAGCGAGGACUCCAGCUUCUCCCAGCCUGCAGGUGGAGGAGAGCUAGCCUACGCCCUCAACAACUUUGAUAAGCAGAUCAUCGUGGACCCGCUGAGUUUUAGCGAGGAGAGAUUUCGGCCUUCUCUUGAGGAACGUCUGGAAAGCAUCAUUAGUGGCGCCGCCCUCAUGGCCGAUUCCUCAUGCACACGUGACGACCGGCGUGAACGCAUCGUGGCUGAAUGCAACUCUGUGCGUCAGGCGCUGCAGGAUCUGCUCUCUGAGUACAUGGGAAAUGCUGGACGCAAGGAGAAGAGUGAUGCCCUCAACACGGCUAUUGACAGAAUGACUAAGAAGACCCGUGACCUCCGCAGACAGCUGCGGAAGGCUGUGAUGGACCACGUGUCGGACUCUUUUCUGGAGACCAAUGUUCCACUGCUGGUAUUGAUCGAAGCUGCCAAGAAUGGUAAUGAAAAGGAGGUGAAGGAAUAUGCCCAAGUUUUCCGUGAGCACGCCAACAAACUGAUUGAGGUUGCCAACCUUGCCUGCUCUAUCUCCAACAACGAAGAGGGAGUGAAGUUGGUGCGAAUGGCUGCUUCCCAGCUGGAAACACUGUGCCCUCAGGUGAUUAAUGCAGCUUUGGCCCUGGCUGCCAAACCUAACAGCAAGGUGGCUCAGGAUAACAUGGAUUUGUUUAAAGACCAGUGGGAAAAACAGGUGCGAGUGCUCACUGACGCUGUGGAUGACAUCACUUCCAUUGACGACUUCCUCUGCGUGUCUGAAAAUCACAUUCUGGAGGAUGUGAACAAGUGUGUCAUCGCUUUGCAAGAAAAGGAUGUGGAUGGGCUCGACCGCACUGCUGGAGCCAUUCGGGGCAGAGCUGCUCGUGUGGUCCAUGUGGUCAUAUCUGAGAUGGACAACUAUGAGCCUGGUGUAUACACGGAGAAGGUUCUGGAAGCCACCAAACUUCUUACUGAAACAGUGAUGCCACGUUUCACUGAGCAAGUAGAGGCAGCAGUGGAGGCUCUCAGUGCCAACAACGGGCAGCCAGUGGACGAGAACGAGUUCAUUGAUGCCUCACGUCUGGUGUAUGAUGGUGUGAGAGACAUCAGGAAGGCGGUGCUGAUGAUCAGGACCCCAGAGGAACUGGAUGACUCUGACUUUGAGACUGAAGACUUUGAUUCUCGCAGCAGGACCAGCGUUCAGACAGAAGAUGAUCAGCUCAUUGCCGGACAGAGCGCUCGGGCCAUCAUGGCUCAGCUACCCCAGGAGCAGAAGGCGAAGAUUGCGGAGCAGGUGGCCAGUUUCCAGGAGGAGAAGAGCAAGCUGGACGCAGAGGUGUCCAAGUGGGAUGACAGUGGAAAUGACAUCAUCGUCUUGGCCAAGCAGAUGUGCAUGAUCAUGAUGGAGAUGACGGACUUCACCAGAGGAAAAGGACCACUCAAAAACACCUCCGAUGUGAUUAGUGCUGCCAAGAAGAUUGCUGAAGCCGGAUCAAGAAUGGACAAGCUGGGCCGCGCUAUUGCAGAUCAAUGUCCAGAUUCAGCGUGCAAGCAGGAUCUGUUGGCGUAUCUGCAGCGCAUCGCCCUGUACUGUCACCAGCUCAACAUCUGCAGUAAAGUCAAAGCGGAGGUGCAGAAUCUGGGUGGAGAGCUCGUGGUGUCUGGGCUGGACAGCGCCAUGUCUCUGAUCCAGGCGGCCAAGAAUCUGAUGAAUUCUGUGGUGUCCACAGUAAAGGCCUCCUACGUGGCCUCCACCAAAUACCAGAAAUCUCAAGGUAUGCAAAACCUCAACAUGCCCGCCAUCUCCUGGAAGAUGAAAGCUCCUGAGAAGAAGCCGCUGGUCAAACGCGAGAAGCAGGACGACGGUCAGACCAAUAAAGUCAAGAGGUCCUCUCAAAAGAAGCACAUCAACCCCGUGCAGGCCCUGAGCGAGUUCAAAGCUAUGGAUAGUAUUUAAGCAGCAUUUCAGUAGAUUGAGAGUUAGAGAAUACACAUUUAAACGCAUUCCUGUUCCUUAGUCACCAAUCUGCCUUUCUUUCCAUAACUAAACUCUUAGGUCUAUAUAUAGUGAAUUGGUAACACUUUAAAAUAGUGGUGCAUUGGGUAAUGUGUUUACUAUUAGUACUACAUUUAUUACGGUAUUAAUUCAGUAAAUAACAGUAGUACAUGUUAACUCGCUGUGCAUUAGCUAAUGUUAAGUUGGAUUUUAAUAAUGCAUAAUGUUAAAGUAUGAUUAAUAAAUGCUCUGCAAGAUCAGUCAUGCUUAAAGUUAGUAAAUACAUUAACUAAUAGACCAUUAUUCUAAAGUGUAACCUGUGAAUGUUAUAUUUUUACACACAAAUGCAUUGAUUAAUCCGCUCAAUCUUUACUCAAGGACAGGUAUAUGGGGCACACAUAAGAAUUUCGGGCAUUCCCUCAGUUUAUAUGUACGUUUCCCCCUUUUCUAGAUGACAAUUGUGUAUUUUUUUAAGUGUAUUUUACGAGAAGACUUUUAUAUAUUUCACACUAAGGGCUUUGAUAUUGCCCCGUUGCUGUUUUGAUUUCUCCGUUCUUCAUGCCUAUGCAAACUCUCGCUGCAACAAUUCCUGUGUUUUUGGGAUGAAACUACAAAAGAGGAAAAUAAGGCUUUGAUGGUUUAUUCAGUUUCUCAACCAAAGUCUUUGUAUUUUUUUUUUUUUUUUUUUGCUGUGCCUAAUAAACUUUUGAUAACUUUA